AGGCCACGCCCCGAAACAUCCCCGCCCCCGGCUCGCCCUGCCUCCCUGGAGCUUUCCCGGCCCGCGCGCGCGGCCAGUGCAGACCUCACGGCUCGACAGGCGGCGCGGGUGGCGGUAAAAUGUCGGCUCCAGGACCUUACCAGGCGGCUGCAGGCCCCUCUGCAAUUCCCACCGCACCCCCAACUUAUGAAGAGACAGUGGGUGUCAACAGUUACUACCCAGCGCCCCCAGCACCUGUGCCAGGGCCAGCCACAGGACUCAUUACAGGCCCGGAUGGGAAGGGCAUGAAUCCUCCUUCGUACUAUACACAGCCCGUGCCUGUUCCCAACGCCAACGCAAUCGCCGUGCAGACAGUGUAUGUGCAGCAGCCUGUCUCCUUUUAUGACCGCCCUGUCCAGAUGUGCUGUCCAUCCUGCAGCAAGAUGAUCGUGACCCAGCUGUCUUACAACGCCGGCGCCCUCACCUGGCUGUCCUGUGGCAGUCUGUGUCUGCUGGGGUGUAUCGCUGGCUGCUGCUUCAUCCCAUUCUGCGUAGACGCCCUGCAAGAUGUGGAUCAUUACUGCCCCAACUGCAAAGCGCUCCUGGGCACCUACAAGCGCUUGUAGGACUUGGCCAGGCAGUCAUAGGGGAUAUGGUAGAUGCAUGCUACCGGAAAUCACCUGACCCUUGCCCAGCCCACCCAGAAGAGGCACCUACCUUGAUUUCAUCUCUUCAUGGGCUCCAUCUUCGUGUCUUUUGGGGGAGGGGGUGUCAAAAAAGUAACAAGCCUCCAAACCCCAGAAGUUGCUGCUUGGAGUCAUGCCCUGCACAUGCAAAGACUGGACCUUGAGUGCUUCAAGGGCUUACUGCCUGCCCAAGUUGCCCCCACUAACUGUGACUGUUACCCCUUUACCUCUCCACUGAUCUGCCGUUGGCUGGCUCCUCUUCGUCCUCAGUGGGCCUUCCUGGUGGCAGUCUGAAACCCAGAAGCCAGUUUGCCUUAUUUUCCACUGUUAUACCUGAUCUCUUCUGUCUCUCCCCAUCCCUGAUGGCAGAGACCUUGCCUUAGAGACUGUGGUUCUGGAACUGCAGACUUCUCUGGCUCUCAGAAUCACUUUAAUCCCAUUGGUUUCUGUUUUGUUUUCCAAGUACACAGAAAGGCUGCCAACACCCACCAGAUGUAUACGGAGAAGGGAGAAGGUUACAAGUACAAAAUAAAAAGAACAGUUGGGCUGGGUUUAGUCACAGCCCCUCCUGCUCAGCCCCUCUCCUGGGGUAGGGGUGGAGGCUUCUUCUUCCUCACUGUCCUGUGAGUUCCUGUUGUUCUUAAACACAUGUGGAAGUUACUUGGCAGGGAGACAUUUCUAGAAUAAUUUUUAUGAUCAUAAUACAGCCUUCAUUUCUCCAUUUGCUGGUGUGUUUUUAGUUGGUUUUGGUUUAGUUUUGAUAUACAGUCUGGCUUUGUGGCCCAGCCCAGCCUUGGAUGCCUCAGUUCAAGUGGGUCCUUCAGUCUUCGUCUCUUAAAUACCCAGAGCUCUAGACAUGUGCUACUGCCCCUCCUGGGGUUUUGUUUUGCUUUUCAGCAAAUAGGUAAUAUCAUCUACUGCCAAAUGGGUUUGAUGUGGUUUUGAAAACCUUGUCUGUGUGGGGCUUCUUUAGGGGAAUAAGGGAACCCGUAUUUGAGCCCAUGCUAGGAUGCUGGGAGUUGGGCCACUGGAACACCCUCAAGAGAACCUGAAGUGUGAUUUUAUUUUUAGAGAUGAGCUGGUGUGGCCCCAGCAUGGCCUUCAGUUCCAAAGGACCAGAUGGGAGGAUGCAAAAGGCAGGUCGGGACUCCUUCCAGGGUGACCACUCUGUCAUAUUUAACAUGACACAGCCCAGCCAGCUUUACAGGAGGCCAGCUGUCUCCAUCUGAAACCCACAUAGGAACUGUUGCAAACAAUAAUGUGUGAAGUCAGCCUGCUCCUGGACUACAUAUUGGUUAAGAUACAGUUCUAACCAUUGUCUGAGCUGUUCAUGCAAUGAUCCAGAAACACUGGCCAUCACUUUUGCAGUGAAUUAUGGGUACCAUAUACGACUUUGAUGUUACCUGCUUUUAAACAAAUAAAAUCUUUGGUCACUUGG